UGCUAAGUUCCAUCUAUUAUAGGCUUCAUCAUUUCUAGCUUAAGCUCUGUUAGGUUCCAAACACAAUUGCAUAAACAUCCAAUUUGUUUUUGUUUUAGAUAGUAUCAAAAUGGAACAUCUAAUUAAACAAACAAUAUAUAAUUUAAGCUCUAAAAUCGAUCUUCCUAAAAAUAAAAAAGAGCAGAAGCUUUGAAAGGACACAAACCAUCUUAAGAUUCCAUUCAAAAAAAGGCAAACACAAAUCUUGUUUCGUCAUCCAUCAUUAAUUACCAUAAGCCAAUGAGACCAGCACCAUAAAAACAAGAACAAGAAAAAAAACAUCCUCAAAAAUUAAACCUUGCGUUGGUGGCAAUUACUCGCUUCUGUCAAUUGUCACCUUCUGGGUUCUCUCCAUUGUUGGUUUUGCAGAGGAGGAUGAGUUCAGCACAUGCUCCUCAAGAUUUUGAUCAUAGCAUGCAAGAUAUCCCACGUUAGAAAAAGAACAAAAAAAGGUUUUAGGUAGUUGGGGAAGAAAGAAGGAAGAAAAAUGAACGACCUUUUCUCAAACUCGUUCAAGAAAUACAGUGACCUGAAAGAGCAGGCAUACCUGGAUGAUGUGGAGGCGGGGAAAGAAAGCGUGAACCUUGAUAAGUUCUUCGAGGAAGUGGAGGAGGUGAAAGAGGACAUGAGGAGUGUCGAGAUGCUGUACAGAAGGCUGCAAGAGGCGAACGAAGAGAGCAAAACGGCGCACACGGCCAAGGCGAUGAAGGAGGUUCGGGCGCGAAUGGAUAAGGACGUGGCGCUGGUGCUGAAGCGCGUGAAGGUGAUAAAGGGGAAGCUGGAGGCGCUGGAGCGGUCGAACGCGGCCAACCGGAGCUUGCCGGGGUGCGGGCCGGGGUCGUCGGCGGACCGGACGAGGACGUCGGUGGUGAGCGGGUUGGGGAAGAAGCUGAAGGACAUGAUGGACGAUUUCCAGGGGCUUCGGGCGCGCAUACAGAUGGAGUACAAGGAGACGGUGGAGAGGAGGUACUUCACGAUCACGGGGGAGAAGGCGGAGGAGGAAACGAUCGAGAAUUUGAUAUCGAGUGGGGAGAGCGAGAGCUUUCUGCAGAGGGCGAUUCAGGAGCAGGGGAGGGGUCAGAUAAUGGACACGAUUUCGGAGAUUCAGGAGCGGCACGACGCCGUUAAGGAGAUUGAGAAGAACUUGAUGGAACUGCACCAGGUUUUUCUGGACAUGGCGGCGAUGGUGGAGGCGCAGGGACAGCAGCUGAACAACAUCGAGAGCCACGUGGCGCAUGCGAGUUCGUUUGUGCGACGGGGCACCGAGCAGCUUCAGGAUGCGAAAGAGAUUCAGAAGAGUUCGAGGAAGUGGACCUGCUAUGCCAUCAUUCUCGGCGCUAUCCUCAUUGUUUUGCUUCUCUUCCCUCUCCUCUCCUCGCUCUUGCCUCAUCUCUUGAUGAGGUGAACCACAACACCUCCAUACAACACAACAUGCUUUUUCUCCAUUUACGAUUCCAGUAGAUUAGGAAUCUACCUGCUAUUCUUCUCAUCUAAUGUAAAUAUAUAGCUUUGUUUCAUUUCAUUUCAUUUCGCCUCUUUUCUAUUCAAAACACUAAGUACACUUUCAUGUCACAGGCUCAAAAUGUGUUAACCCUUUUAAAAACAUACCUGUUGGAGAAUGAGA